ACUACUUCCGUUGCUGGACGGAAAUAAACAAGACGGUUCAACAUGGAACACCUCCCGGUGGGUAGACAAUGAGGAAUGAUACUUAGUUCCUCCACAGAUUUUGUAAGGGUUGUGGUUCCUCUGCCCCAGGUGACUACAUCGAAUGUUGGAGACGAUAAAGCACGAGUUGAUUAAUCUUCGCUGUGAACUUUCGUGCCACAUUGGACUCCAGCUGACCAUGGAUUUGAAUUGUGGCUUGAAGGAAGAGGAUUUUGAAGAGUAUAUUUGCCCAAGACAGGAAAUAAAAAGGGAAGAAGAGUCUUAUGACAUCAAACAGGAAGACUCUACAGUAGAGUUGAAACAGGAAAUAAAAGAGGAAGGAGCAUCUGGUGUUCUAGAACAUGGAGGAGAGUCUAGUGUUCCAGAACAUGAAGGAGUGUCUAGUGUUCCAGAACAUGGAGGAGGGUUCUCACCCGUGAAGGACGUCAAACAAGAGGACUCUGAUAAUCUACACGUGGAUUCCACAGCGGAGAUCUCAGUAACAUUGAAAACGGAGGAGGAUGAAGAGAUAAAGGAGGAGAAACAGGAGGAUGAGGAGAUGAAGAAGGAGGAGGAUGGAGGAAUGCACACUUCAAAUGGUGAUGCCGAAUGGAUCCAGUCUAAUGCAGGAAAAAAUACAGAUGAGAGCAGAUACACAAAAAAGAGAGGUCAUUUUAACAUGCACCGCUUUCAGUGCUCUGACUGCGGAAAGAGCUUUGCUUACAUGGGAACUCUCAAGAGACACCAGCUGAUCCACUCAGGAGAAAAGCCUUUUCACUGCUCUCAGUGUGGAAACAAGUUCAGUCGAAUGAGUAAUCUCAAAGCACACCAGCUUAUUCAUUCCGGGGUAAAGCCUUUUCAUUGCUCUGAUUGUGAAAAGAGUUUUGCUCGCAAGGGAUCUCUCUGGAUACACCAACAGAUCCACUCAGGAGAAAAGCCAUUUCAGUGCUCUGACUGUGGAAAAAGGUUUCGUGCAAAGGGCUCUCUCAAGACACACCAGGUGGUUCAUUCGGGUGAAAAGCGUUUUCAGUGCUCUGACUGUGAAAAGACCUUUUCCUACAAGGGAGCUCUCAGGAGCCACCAGCUGAUCCACUCAGGGGAAAAGCCAUUUCAGUGCUCUGACUGUGGAAAAAGGUUUCGUGAAAAGGGCUCUCUCAAGACACAUCAGGUGGUUCAUUCGGGUGAAAAGCCUUUUCAGUGCUCUGACUGUGGGAGAAGUUUUAAACUAAUGAGCCAUCUCAAAGAACACCAGCUGGUUCAUUCAAUGGGAAAGCGUUUUUUUUGCUCUGAUUGUGGGCAGAGUUUUACUCGCAUGGGCCAUCUCAAGGCACACCAGCUGGUUCAUUCAGAAAAGCCUUUUCAGUGCUCUGACUGUAAAAAAAGGUUUAAACUAAUGAGGCAUCUGAAAGAACACCAGAUGAUUCAUUCAGGGGAAAAGCCUUUUCAGUGCUCUGACUGUGGAAAAAGUUUCAAACUAAUGAUAAAACUCAAGUCACACCAGCUGGUUCAUUCAGGUGAAAAGCCUUUUCAGUGCUCUGACUGUGGGAGAAGUUUUAGUCGAUUGGGUAAUCUCAAAGAACACCAGAAGAUUCAUUCAGGGGAAAAGCCUUUUCAGUGCUCUGACUGUGGAAAAAGUUUCAAACUAAUGAGUUAUCUCAAGUCACACCAGCUGGUUCAUUCAGGUGAAAAGCCUUUUCACUGCUCUGACUGUGGGAGAAGUUUUAGUCGAUUGGGUAAUCUCAAAGAACACCUGAAGAUUCAUUCAGAUGAAGAGCCUUUUGAGUGCUCUGACUGUGGAAAACGUUUUAAACAAAAGGUUAGUCUCAACUCCCACCAGAAGAUUCAUUCAGGGGAAAAGCCUUUUCUGUGCUCUGACUGUGGAGAAAGUUUUAAACUAAAGAAACAUCUCAAAGAUCACCAGAAGAUUCAUUCGGUUGAAAAGCCUUUCCGGUGCGCUGACUGUGGGAAAAGUUUUAGUAAAAUGAGCCAUCUCAAGUCACACUUGAAAAUCACGUUUCAUUCAGGAGAAAGGCCUUUCCAGUGCUUUGACUGUGGAAAGUGCUUUACUUACACGGGAGCUCUCAAAGUACACCAGAUGAUUCACUCAGUGGAAAAGCUCUGACUGUGAGAAAAGUUUUACUCAAAUGAGAUUUCUCAAACAACAACAGGUUAUUAAUUUGGGGGGAAGCGUUUUCAGUGCUCUGACUGUGCUCUGAAAAGGAGCUUUCGUCUUUUGUCUACGCUCAAAACCCACCGACUGCUCCAUUCAGAUGAAAGGCCUUUUCAAGUCCCACUGUGGAAAAAGUUUGUCAAAAAGGCCAUCUAGAGACCCACCAAAAAAAAUAUUGCAGAGACAAAAUCAAGGUAAUGCUGUAAAUGUAAAGGACAAGUGCACUAUUUACUCUGAACUGUCUGAAAUGUUUUAGUCCCCCUUGCAGUUUUUUUUAAUGCUUGCUCCUGUCACCGACCGUUAUUUGGCUAAUUUGGAUUUCCAAAUGUAAGUCCAAAUUCGUUCUUAAAAACCACCUUAAACAUUUGUUUUCAUCUCACUAAGUGGUUAUGGGUGUUCACUGCCAUUUCCCAACAGGUUUGAAGGCAAAACAUGCCUUUUUUCAGUUUUGAUUUGCCAAUGCCAAUGCGAAUUCCCCAAUUCAUGUUUUUUUUUUAGCUGGAAGACCAACGUUUAUAAAAAGAGAAAAAAUAAUGAUUGGAAUAGUUAAAAAACUGGGCCAUGAAUCUACAAUCCAUGACAGUUUAACAUUAUUGAUGGAAUUAUGGAAAUAAAUCGACUUUUUCAUGCUAUUCUAAUAAAAAGGCCUGGAGCUGUAGAUGGCUAGAAAGCCAUUUUGUUUGA